AUGAACCAAGUAACCUCGCCCAGCCAGUACGCACUGCUCUCCGCAGACGACCGCAGACGCGUCCUCGCGCAGAUCAAAGCCACGGUCGACGUCGCGGCAAAGCUGGCAGAGGUUGCACAUAUGGAGGCGGCGUUGGCGCGCGACGCGGACAGGGCAAGCAUCGACGAGCGCAGGGACAGCAUCAGGGCCGAGACGGAGCAGCUGAAGGCGGAGGUUACGCGUCUGGAAGCGGCGGCGGCGCGCGACAACACCUGGGAGAGAUUCAGGGCCUCAGCUGAGAGGUCGAGGGCGGAGACAAAGAAGGCCGCGGAGGAGGAGGAGAGGGAGAGGCAGAGGUUGGUGUUUGAGAAGCGCUAG